UUUGUUAUGCAACUAUUGCAAAAUACAGGGUAUAGAACUGCUGGAAAACAGAGGCGGAUACCGAGGAAAUCGCUGCGGUGCCGAAUGCCAGCUAUGAUCCUGUGCCGUCCCAGCCGCAGCUCCAACCGGCAUACUUUCCUGGACACUGCUCACUCCCUCAGAUUCCCCACUACAUGUGAGUUGUCGCAAUCUCAAGAGGCUUCGAGACCAAGUCCUGGUCAUAUCCAAUGCACAGCCCAAACCGGGACACUUUCCUGGACACUGCUCACUCCCUCAGAGAUUUCCCACUACAUAUGA